UUUAUUGGUGCUGCAGCAACCUGAGUGAGGGCCUCCAAUCCUUCCGCCCAGUUGGGGAGAGAUUAAAGAAGCUGAGUUUGUCUCCUUCUUACUCAUUUGGCAGUUACAACCUCGAAGCCACUCCAGCCUUAGGCUUCCCGUGUGGACACAGAGAAGGGGAACAGAAAACCAUUCUUUGUGAGGUCCACCCUGAGUCACCAUGUAUGAGGAUGAGUGCAUCAAGUCCACGGAGGACUACUAUCUCCUCUGUGACACCGAGGGGCCCUGGGCCACUGUUCUUGAGGCCCUGGCCGCCAUUGGUAUAGCGGUGACAAUCUUGCUACUCUUGGCGUUUCUCUUUCUCAUGCGAAGGGUUCAAGACUGCAGCCAUUGGAAUGUCCUCCCCACCCAGUUCCUCUUCCUCCUAGGAGUGCUGGGGCUCUUCAGCCUUGCUUUUGCCUUCAUCGCCCCGUUCAGUGAGCAAACUGCCCCUGUCCGCUACUUCCUCUUUGGGGUCUUCUUUGCUCUCUGCUUCUCGUGUCUUUUGGCUCAUGCCUUCAACCUGGUAAGGCUGGUCCGGGACCGAGUUUCCUACUCAUGGCUCACAGUCUUGGGCAUAGCCAUCGGUGCCAGCCUGCUACAGAUUGUCAUCGCCAUCGAGUAUGUGACGCUCAUCAUGACACGAGGGCUGACCUUCAUGCACAUGACGCUCUGCCAGCUCAAUCUUGACUUCGUUGUUCUCCUGGUCUACGUCCUCUUCCUCAUGGCCCUGACCUUCUUUGUCUCCAAAGCCACCUUCUGUGGCCCAUGUGACAACUGGAAAAAGCACGGCAAGCUCAUCUUCGUCACGGUGCUGGUCUCUAUCAUCAUCUGGGUAGUGUGGAUCUCCAUGCUCAUGCGAGGCAACCCCCAGCUUGCAGCAUGCUGCUCCCAGCAGCAUCCCCAGUGGGACGACCCCAUCAUCUGCAUUGGUCUGGUCAGCAAUGCGUGGGUUUUCCUGCUGCUGUAUGUCAUCCCAGAGCUCUGCAUCCUCUUUCGGGCCAGCAGGCAGGACUGCCCUCCACCAGGCAUUGCCUGCACUGUGCCAACCUACCAGCGCAACCUUUGUGUGGAGAACCAGGAGCUCUCACGAGCCCGAGACAGUGAUGGUGCUGAGGAGGAUGUAGCAUUAACUUCCCAUGGUGCCCCCAUUCAGCUGCAGAAUGUUGAUCCAACACAAGAGUAUAUCAUCCCACGGGCCAAACUAAGCUCCCAGCAAGACGCAGGAUUGUAAAGUCCACAAGGGAUCGUGAAAUCCCAGAAGACCAGCCCAGUGCAGCCCCCAUGGGUCACUGGGGUGGCUACCGAAUCACGGUACCAACAGAGUUUCUGUCUCCCUGUCCUUCCAUUCUAUCUGGACCUUUCAUCAGAAGACUUCCCUGUUAAGCAUAAUUACAACCUUGCUGGCUAUCCUA